GGAGAGGUGGUAAGCCUGUUUGUGGAGUGGGAGGAGGAAUCAUGUUUCAUAGACUUUAAAUUACUAUUUACACAUACUAAGCUGUAGAAUAAAGGUAGAUCACAAUUCCUACCAAAGGCACAUGCAAGGCUCCAGCUGUGGGGAUAACUAUGGACUUUAAUGUAUACCUGCUGCUUUCUCUUUGUUUUAUAGUCUGUAGCUCCCAUGUGGUAGAAUGGACUUACCAAGAAGGAGAAGUAGAUGAAGCAAACUGGGGGAAAAAGUAUCCCUUGUGUGCAGCAAAGCACCAGUCACCCAUUGAUAUCCAAAGGAAGAAAGUUGUUUAUAAUAAGGAAUUGGUACCCCUGGAUUUACAAGGCUAUGAAGGACCAUUGCAUGGAUAUUUCAAUGUGUCCAACAAUGGUCACUCUGUGGAAAUAGACCUUCCACCUACAAUGCAAAUUAAGGCUGGACUUCCCCACACCUACACUGCAGUACAAAUGCACUUGCACUGGGGCGGCCUUGAUCUGGAAACCAGCGGCUCUGAGCACACUAUUGAUGGGAUGAGAUACAUGGCAGAGCUGCACGUUGUGAACUAUAACUCUGAACUAUACAAGACCUUUGAUGAAGCCAAGGACAAGCCCAAUGGCCUAGCUGUGCUUGCAUUUUUAUAUGAGGACAGCAAUUUUGAGAAUACUUAUUACAGCACAGUCAUUUCCACGCUUGCCAAGAUUCGCUAUGCAGGCCAGGAGACUCAAAUUAAAACACUUGAUCCUCUGGCGAUGUUGCCUGAGAAUCUGAACAACUUCUAUCGCUACCAGGGUUCCCUCACUACUCCCCCUUGUACAGAGAAUGUGCUGUGGAUGGUGUUUGACACUCAUAUCCUGCUUUCUCAUAACCAGAUCAAGCUGUUGGAGGGCACUUUGUUUGACUGGGAUAAUAAUACAUUACGUAAUGAUUAUCGUCAUGCCCAACCAUUGAAUGAUCGCGUUGUGCAAGCUUCUUUCCGUCCACCGAAGACUAAAGAACUCUGUCAGCAAGAGAUCAGCACUAAACUGACCCAGAUUGAGACUGAUCUUUUAGAUGUGAAGAGGAGGGUGGUUUUAGACCCCACCAAAGGCCGAAAAGGAGGUCCUCAUGCAUUACCAUACUAUCCCUCAUUCUACUUCUCCAACAUCCACCCAGCUGCUUACGUGGAAGUUAAUGUUCUGAAGCCUUUCCAGUUGAACCAGUUUACUCUUUGUGUGUGGGUGAGAACCAAGCUUGUAGGCAACCAGAAAGUCUUUUCCUACUCCACCACAAAUAGUGAGCAUGAACUUGCUCUGAGUGUGGGUUCUGACCUAUGGCUAUGGGUGGGAGGAAAGUCUGUUGACUUUAAUGUGCAUCAUACAUCGGAGGACUGGGUACAUUACUGUGUGCAGUGGGACUCCUCCACUGGAAAGGCAGAUCUCUGGGUAAGUGGGCUGCAGGGAAAAGAAAAGAUUGUCCAUCCCAGGUAUGUCAUAAAAUCCGGAGGUGUGGUUCUUCUUGCCAAAGACCGUUCGGAUCUCUUUGGACUGUUUAACAAUACGUUCUUUGGAAGAUUAAGUCAUCUCCACCUUUGGAGUUCUCUCUUGAGUUCCCAAGAGAUCAUGGCCUUGAGCAGAUGUCAAACAGCAAAUCUUAAGGGGGAUAUAAUAUCUUGGGGAGAGACCACUAUGAAGAUAUCUGGUGGUGUCAUUCUUGAGCCUGAUAACAGCUGUUAGUAAUAUAAUUAUUCUUAAAGCAUAACAGUGACCGUAAACUGAAUAUAUCGUCUUAUUCUUCAUGUUCUUUAAAGGUUUUGAAAGUCAACAUCCCAGAGAUGAUUUUUGCUUAAUUCCACUAUGUUAAUGGACAUCUAUCUCACCUUUCACUAAAGACAUAUUAUGUACUGUCUGUUAUUCAAUUGUAUCUUAUUCCCAAACAUGUUAUGUCACAUAAUCUAUGGAAUGGGUCUGGUAUCUUUUGUCGACAACCAUUAUGUAAACUCUGUAAUGCUGACACGUUUACAAUGUUGAUGUGGACAAAAUGGUGACAGCCAAAAUGUUGAUUGGUACAUAAUGUUGAUACUUAAUUUUAAGCCUAACCCCCACCACUAAAAUGUUGACUGUC